AUCACCACUUCUAUCAGCCAGAAGGUCACAGCCUGGACGGGCUUUAUCAGUAUGAAGAAGGGACUGCAAUCCGGGGGGCAGACUCCAACGGGACAUCACAGCAUUGUGGACAAAGAGAAGGAGAUGUGGAAAGAGAAGGGGGAUAAAGAAUGGCAGAGCAGGAGGGUUGAGAGGAAGCUUCUGGCCUUUUGGAUGUCCCUGUCCCAGGGGAGGUGGAUCCUCUUCAGACCCCGAGACAGACCAGGCUUCCAGCGCUCAGCCUCGGCCGCUCGGCUGCUGAAGAGUGAGGCGUGAUAGGUGAAAGGAGGGAUGUGUGUGUUUGUAUAUGUGUGUGUGCAUGUGUGUAGUGAUUAGUGAAGAUCUGUCAGAUGCAAAGGUGUCAGAAGAGGCCAACAGACCUGCAGCAAUUGGACUUAUGUGUUUGUGUGCGUACUCCACUAUAGAGGAUGUAGUGACCCAUGUUCCCACUGAGGAUCUUUGUGAUGCCACCAACACCAAACCUCUAAGGUAGACUUGAAGCAAUCAAAUCAGACCCUUUGUUGCAAAUAUUUAAUCUUAAGAAUGAUGUUUAAGAUCUAAACAGGAAGUGGAGUUUUACCCCUGAGUCUAAGUCUCAGAACAGAGCUGAACCUUUAGGUGGCGAUGGGUUCAUACCUAAAGCUAUGGUGGUGACACAUCGGGUCCUGGAGCUCCGGUUACAGGGAAAGAAGCUGAGGGGCUUCACCUGCAAACUGACUCGCUCAGGCCUCAGCUUUCUACCAGAAAACUCAUGGAGCAUUGAGAAACAGGUCCUACUCCCUUAUCUGGUGUCUGGACUGGGAAUGGUGGCAGCCAGGAUGGUCAUGGACAUAGUGCAACACUGGGAGGUGUUCCAAGAGAUCUCUGAGGUGUUUAUCUUGGUGCCAGCUCUGGUGGGGCUGAAGGGAAAUCUAGAGAUGACACUGGCAUCCAGGCUGUCAACAGCAGCGAACACCGGGCAGCUGGAUGAAGCCCAGCAGCGGUGGAGAAUGGUGAUCUGUAACAUGGCCCUGAUUCAGGUGCAGGCUACAGUUGUGGGCUUCCUGGCAGCCAUAGCUGCUUUGGUUCUGGGUUCUCUGACCAGGGCAAGGGUCGAUGGUAUGCAGGCUAUCAUCCUGUGUGCCAGCAGCAUCACCACAGCCUUCAUUGCUGCGCUUGCUCUAGGUUUGGUGGUGGUAGUGGUGAUUAUUGGCUCUAGAAAGGUUGGAGUCAACCCAGAUAACGUGGCCACGCCCAUUGCUGCCAGUCUCGGUGACCUAAUCACCCUGUCCCUGCUCGCUGGUGUCAGCAGCUUCUUCUUUACCUACAGAGACAGGUGGUACCUUCCCUCAGUGGUGUGUGGCUUUUUCCUGCUCCUUAUCCCUGUGUGGGUCAUCGCUGCCAGACGCAGUCCACCAAUCAGAGAGGUCCUAAAUUCGGGCUGGCAGCCAGUUAUUUUGGCCAUGUCUAUCAGCAGUAUCGGAGGUCUGAUUCUGGAUAAAACUGUGAGCAAUCCCAACUUUGAAGGCAUGGCUGUGUUCACACCAAUCAUCAACGGUGUUGGAGGAAAUCUAGUGGCCAUCCAGGCAAGCAGGAUGUCUACGUACCUCCAUUCCUGGAGCGUUCCUGGAGCUUUUCCGCUCCAAAUGAGAACAAACUGUCCUGGGCCCUGCGUCACCUUCUUUUCCUCAGAUGUGAACUCUAAAUCUGCCAGAGUACUGGUCACCCUUGUCGUGCCGGGUCACUUCCUCUUCCUGUACACUGUCCAGCUACUGCAGGGAGGACACACCCCCUUGACGCCUACCUUCAUCUUCUGCUACCUGUGUGCAGCUCUGCUUCAGGUGGUGAUUCUGCUCUACUCUGCCACCCUGAUGGUCCGCUGGCUGUGGAGGAGGAGCUUGGACCCAGACAACUACUCCAUCCCUUACCUCACAGCUCUGGGGGACCUGCUGGGCACGGGUUUCUUGGCCCUGACCUUCAGACUCCUCACCAUGGGCAGCUCUAACCAGACUGGACUUUGAGCUGUUAUAGUGCAGAAUUUCAGCACCAGUUUCUCCCAUCAGGCUGAAGGAUACAGCUUGAAGGACAAUGAUACAAAAUCAAAGCAUAUUAUGCUUCAUUAACGAGGGAAAAAAAGCUUAUGAAAGGUAU